GAAGUCCCGCCCUGUAGUCCGGGCGGCCCCGAGGGCGGCUCCCGCCUUCUUCCUACCCCAGCCACCCCGGCUGCCCCGAGGGCAGGUGGCGGGCUGGAAGUCCGGCGUGGAGGGUCAUGCCGCUGUCGCCCCGCGCCGCUCUCCUUCGGGACCUGGUCCUGGGCGUUGUGGGCACCGUCGCUUUCCUGCUGGACCUGGUUGCGGAUCUGUGGACCGUAGGCCAGUAUGUGCUCAGUGGCCGUUACCUGUGGGCCGCGCUGGUACUGGCGCUGCUGGGCCUCGCUUCGGUGGCGUUACAGAUCUUCAGCUGGGUCUGGCUGCGCGCCGACCACGCCGAGCUGCACGGGUCGCAGUCUUCCAGCCGCUACCUAGCGCUGUUGCACCUGCUGCAGCUCGGCUACCUGUACAGGUGCAUGCACGGGCUGCAACAGGGUUUGUCCCUGUGGCAGCAGGAGGCGCCCUCCGAGUUUGACUUGGACUAUUCCAACUUCCUGUCCAUGGAUAUCAGCAUGCUUCGGCUCUUCGAGACCUUCCUGGAGACGACGCCACAGCUCACGCUGGUGCUGGCCAUCGUGCUGCAGAGUGGCCGGGCUCAGUACUACCAGUGGGUUGGGAUCGUAACAUCCUACUUGGGCAUCUCGUGGGCCCUGCUGGACUACCACCGCGCCUUGCGCACCUGCCUUCCCUCUAAGCACCAACUGGGCCUGCGCUCCUCUGCCAUCUACUUCCUGUGGAACCUGCUCUUGUUGGGGCCCCGCGUCCUGGCCAUUGCCCUGUUCUCAGCUCUCUUCCCCCACUAUGUGCCCCUGCACUUCCUCGGCCUGUGGCUGGUGCUGCUGCUCUGGGUCUGGCUUCAGGGCACAGACUUCAUGCCAGACCCCUGCUCUGAGUGGCUGUACCGGGCUGUGGUGGCCACCACCCUCUAUUUCUCCUGGUUCAACGUGUCUGAUGGCCAUACCCGAGGCCGGGCCACCAUCCACUUGAUGUUCAUCUUAAGUGACAAUGUUCUGCUGGUGACUGUCUGGGUGACACAUAGUACCUGGCUGCCCAAUGGGGACUCAUUGCAGAUGUGGCUGAUCAUAGGAGGAGGUGUGUGCUUCUUCCUGGGUCUGGCUUUGCGUCUGGUCUACUACCACUGGCUGCACCCUAGCUGCCCGGAGCCUGAUCAUGUGGAUGGAGCUCGGAGUUUCCUUCCUUCAGAAUGCAGUCAGCUGUUUCCGAACAAGCGUGCUACUCAGUGGGCACGGAACUUUUUCUCCAAGGCCAGAUAGGCUGCUUUGCCAGGGAAGGGAGAAGUGAAUGGGGUCCUUUGAGGCAGGGUCCAACUUGGUUAUAGUAAGGGAGGUGGAAGGGCCAAGGGGGCCAAUUAUAUAUAAGCCAUUUUUGGAGGAAAAGACUCCUUUUCUCGUCCUCUGCAGCUAGUGGAGCUGUUGCCCCCAGAGCUGCCCAUUGUUGGGUUCUCACAGUCCUGUUCCAGAAGGCUCUGGGCCUCUGGGGGAUGUUCUCUAGAAUUCUUCCCUACCCCACCCCAUUAAUUUACUUUAUUCAUCAAACGUUUACUGAGAGCACUUUUUUUUUUUUUUUUCGUCGAGACAGGGUCUCCCUGUAGCCCCAACUGUAGACCAGGCUGGCCUUGAACUCACAGCCUGCUCUCCCUCCCAAGUGCAGAGAUUAAAGGUGUGAGCCACCACGCCCGGCUUACCGAGAGCACUUUUAUGUUCUGGGAGCACCAUUCUAACCUUGAGAUUCUCUGCCACCCUAGCCGAAGAUCUUCCCCUACCUACUUCAAAGACUGGAGACCAGCGAUGUCUGACUUUGGGCGGUUCUACUAGCCCUUCAGUGCCUUGGUGCAGCAGGCCACCUUUGAACCAAGUGCCUUAUGGACCUGUGGUCCAGGCCCUGCACAAUCCAUUGAGUAUUUUUCAUUUUGGCCAGUGUACCCCUUACCUCAGAGUCUACAUGAAAGGAUGACAGUGUAUGCAAAUGUGUUGCUGCAAGUGAGGACACAGGUGGUGCUUUUAACAGUAUUGUUAUUAUUAAAACUUUGUGUAAUCUUCCAAA